CUGAUGUCACUGCCGCACCUGCGCAGCCAUCUUGUACUUCGAGCGAGGGGCAGAUCGGAAGGAAGGAAGAAAAGCAGAACGAAAUAACAGUGUUUUGCGUUACGUGGUCAGUAAUGUCCGUCAAGUGACUGAAUCCAACGAGAAGACAGUGCUGAGGUGUGAUCGGAGGGGCUAAAUCAGAGAACGCUGCCCCAGUGCCUCGGGAUCCCAGACCUACAAGUCAUCCUCUUCAUCAUUAUCGCCUCUGCUCGCAGAGAAACGAGUCCGAUCUCCUGCUGAACCCGACGACAACGACACGAACACGCCAUGAAUCCAGAAUAUGACUACUUGUUCAAACUGCUCCUCAUCGGUGACUCUGGAGUCGGGAAGUCGUGUCUGCUGUUGAGAUUUGCUGAUGACACAUACACUGAGAGCUACAUCAGCACCAUAGGCGUGGACUUCAAGAUCCGCACCAUUGAACUCGAUGGCAAAACCAUUAAGCUACAGAUUUGGGAUACUGCAGGGCAAGAAAGAUUUCGAACCAUCACCUCCAGUUACUACCGAGGGGCUCACGGUAUCAUUGUGGUUUAUGAUGUCACGGAUCAGGAAUCAUAUAACAAUGUGAAACAGUGGCUACAGGAAAUAGACCGCUACGCAAGCGAGAACGUUAACAAGCUGCUGGUGGGGAACAAAUGUGACCUUACCACCAAGAAAGUAGUGGACUACACAACAGCCAAGGAAUUUGCUGACUCUUUAGCAAUCCCCUUCCUUGAGACGAGCGCUAAGAAUGCAACGAAUGUGGAGCAGGCCUUCAUGACUAUGGCUGCUGAGAUCAAGAAGCGCAUGGGCCCUGGAGCGACAACCGGAGGAGACAAGCCCAACCUGAAGAUCGAGAGCACUCCUGUGCGGCAGUCUGGCGGCGGCUGCUGUUGAAGAGCCUGAGCGUGCACACACACAUACACACACACACACACAACCAUCCCUUUCCUUCUCAAACGCAUUUUCUCACACACACCAAAAAAAAAAAUGCAUUCUCAUGGGAGGAACCACUGCAUUAAGAGCCAACAUCUAACAGCCUCACGGCUUCAUUUAUGACACCAUAGUCUUCUUGUUUUUAUUCUCCUUAGCCUUUCCUUUUGUGUAAGACACCUCACCCCUUUUUCCUCCCUGUGCACAUUAAUAACCCCACCCACAUCCAUAACCCCGCCCUCUGUACUUAAAGUCCAGGAUGGAGUUUUAGUACAUUCAUAUGUCCAAAUACAGAAACAAAUGAGAGCAGAUCUAGGGGCGAAUCUCACAUCCUCCUUUUAAACAACUAGCGAGGUUGCGUUAAGAACGUUAAUCCGUCUCUCUAGUAUUUCUAAUUCUCUCACACGUCGUCACUUGAAUGAGGUUUUGUGGGCGAAAGCAUGGCUUCUGAGACUGAAUCGACAGGAAGUCAACUGCAAAGUCGGCAAUAUUCUAAACUUGUUCUCAUCCUACUAGUAUAUUAUUGUUAUUAUGGUGAUUUUUAAGACUGAUAUCUGUUUUGUUUUUUCUGUAGGUUUUUGUUUUUUCUAAUGAAGGCUUGUACAAAGGCUUACUGCUGUCAUUGAUAUAGACUGGUCAGGGAAGGGGCGGAUAGGGAUGUUUUUUUUUGUUCAUAAUCUGGAUUUUGGGGGUCUAGGCUUUAGGCUGGUCGAUGAAAGCUACUGUUCCCUCUAUUACCUCAAUGACCUCUGCUACUUUUGAGUGUUCGGCCAUCACAGGUUCAAUAUGAAUGCACGAACACCAUCUUGACACAUUGAGGUUGUUUCUUCGUCUGGUCAGCAGUUUUGUGUCUUUGGUUUGAAACCUCAGAUCUAUAAUUUGGUGUCGUUUUACCAUUUUAUUGAGCCAGACUUCCAAUCCAUAGUCGUCGCUGCUGCCAAAAACGGUCCAUCAUGCAAUGUGUGUGCGCUUUGUAUUUAUUUACAUAUGGUAAAUAUAUUUACAUAUUUGUGGAGGGCCUUAAUUUUCCCACAGAUGAAAGCAUGGUAGUUCCAUGGAUCCGGUUUAGUGUGCUGUGUGUUUGUGUGGGAAUAUUGUGUAUUACAUCUAGGAAUAUUGGGACUGACUGGUCCAGCGCAGGAGACCGGAUAUGACCUCCCAUGUUCUUUAAUGAGAAAUAUCCAUACACUUAGAUUCUAGCUUUCAAAUCUACCUACAGAUGGAUCUGUAAAGGUCUAGAAGCUCAUUUAGAUGUUGCCUUAAGUGAUCAAAGAGGUUUAUAUGCUCCUGCGCUCUUCUCCAUAUGGUUGCAACUCAAUCUUAUCAGCAUUUUCAAACAAACAACAACAAAAAAAAAACUGCAAAUGAUUGGUCUGAUGACAGUGUUUUUGACCUGGCUGUUUUAUUAUGUACAACGUGGAUCUUGAAAACGUAGAGUUUGUGAACUUGGUUAGUAUUAGUGCAUCAUUUGAUCUUAACUAGUCUCACCAUCGUGAUAUUAGAUCACUUUCGCGCACUGAACCAGUCUAAUCUAGUUUUACAUCUGCUGAUGCUAACGUAACCGCACAUACUUGUCACUAAUAUUGUGUGCUGGAUUUGCUUGUACUAUUUUGUAUGUGAACUGGUAGCGUUGGGAUGGAGGGAGCAGUAGCAGGGAUAUGGGUGCAUGUGCAAUGGCUGGGGAGGAGGGACGAGUAAGGGGCAACUGCGUUUGGGAACAUUCCUUUGAUUUUAAAACCGGUCCGUCGUGGAUCCCGUGUUACGUCUAUGUGAAAAAUCAAGUCUCAUUUAAACCUGCACUCAUUCACACACUAAACAAGUGCUUCUUUGGGAUGCAUUUGGAAAGGUCAUUGUUUUCUCAGAACGUCUACUGUCUUGCGAUCUAUGAAUUUUGUGGUAAUGUGUGGGGUUAUCGGAAAGAUGAAGGGUAUGGGGUGGGGGGUGGUUACUUAUGAAUUGGAUGGAGCGUUCUUAUACUUUUCGUCUUUUUACUUUUUACCCAUGUCAUUUGCACAUCUCAUUUUUUGAAUUAAGACACGGUGAUGGUAAAAUGGCCAGCACCUCUUUAGUAGUUUCCCUGUCUAAUAUACACACUCUUUCUCUAUCCCUCUUUGCUUGCUCACCCCGGUGCUGUUUCAAAGCUGGGUUUGAUCUUGUUUUCUCUUUUCUGUACAUAUUAUAAAUAUAUAUAAUAAAAUGAUCAACAUGAGACUUAAA